GGAAUGAUGCAUCAUCCUCAUCCAUUCGGGUCAAACCUGGCGAACUCAUCAGAACCACAACAGCCAUCUGGUCAAUAUCUAAAUCCUGCAGCAGAUGCCUACAACUUUGACACCUUUGAAGAUUCUGAUAAAUUCUCACCGAAGGGAAAUGUGGCGGCGUUGAGAAAUGUGAUACAUGGGCAGUUGGAUAUGAAGACACCAACUGGAAAUAGUUCCAGAUAUCAGAAACCAGCGCCUCCGCCUGUUGACUCAACUCCUUCCUGGGCCAAAAAUGUAAAAGUAUACGAACCAAAUGGAUAUGUGGAUCCACAUCUUAACAAGCAUAAUAUGGGAAGAGUACUUGAUGGUCCUGUCAAUCCAAAUAAAUAUUUUCAAGGAGUUCCACCGGCCAGUUACAGUCAAGUAAAGCACAAUGAGUCGAAACCACCAGUGCCUCCUUCCACAAAGCCUCCACACUCUGCUGCUCAAGCCCUUCAGGCUCAGGUCCUACAGAGCUCCAAAGCCCCCUCUCAACCCCAGCAAUCUCAAAAAACGUCCUACCGAAUCCCGUAUGACGUGGCGCUCGAUCCACGUCAUCACCUCGGAGAAUUCGACAUUGAUGACAGUGCAUCAAUUAUUUCCUCGUGUAUCUCGACAUUUGGAGAAUCUUCAGAAAUUGCUGGAUUUUCUGCGGCAGCCGAGCAACGGCAUCUCUAUGAGCAAUAUAGGAAAAAGUUAAUGGAAGAGAAAAAUGAAUUGAAAGAGGGAAGUGAGACACCGUGUGUAUCUUUGUCUGAAAAAGUGAUGACGUCAUCGACUGAAAAUUUGAAAAAUGGAAAUAAUCAGCAGAAUCAACAACCUGAGCCUCAGCCUCCAUCAAGCUCAAUAUUCAAUUCAGAACUCACACCGUUUGGCCACGUGGCUCCUGUUGCUAAACAAUUUGAACCAACAAAUUUUCCACCAUUUUCUCCAGAAAAAGAGAGUGAAAUCAAGAGAUCUAUCGAUUUGGAAAGUUCCCAACUUCUCGUAAAAUCAAAAUCCCCGGCUCCCUACUCUACAAGCUCGACGGAUCAUUAUGGAACUAUUCGAAGGAAGCAUAAACCAGUGGCAAUUGACCUUUCCAAGUCAUCACCCAACUUGGCGAGUCAAUCGCCGAGCAAUUUAUUUUUUGGAGCCAGCUUUGAGGAGAAGCAAAAUCGAUCGCCGAUGACAUCAACUCCGUCUUAUAAAGAACAAGGAUUCAAAAAUGAUAGCUUGAACGACUCACUGAACCAAGCCUUCGAAAUUGCAUCUUCAAUUGAAACAACUAAAAAUGCUUAUGAAGCACCGCCAACUCCAAAAAGUGCAUCACACGACCGCUCGAUUUCGGACACAUAUCCAGUGUCUUCCUCCACCACUUCCACUUGGCCUUCCCAUACAACAACACCUACUACAACUACAGCUGCUGCUCCAAUUGCUGCUGUUGCUCCACAAACAUACACAGAGCAGCAGCCAAUGAGCACAUCAAUGAGCUCGUCGGUAAUGAGUACUAAUAUGGAUGAGCCUAUUGUUGUUGGUUCACACCAACAAAUACCUCAACAAAGCCCCGAUUCAUCACCGGAACGAAAUGAAGAUAUGUCACAAUGGUAUCGGAAAAUGUUCAAACAAAUGCAUAGAAAGGGAGAAGACGGUUCGAAUGAAGGAAAAGAACAACAUUUUAUCAACCCUAGCAACGUUACCGACGGAAUCGGUAGGACUACACCGACUGCAUCAAAUUUGGGAAGAAGCCGUGAGAAUUUGAGUUUCAAUCAACACCGCCCAGACCAUCCUUCGUCAUAUUUUGAUAGUUUGGAGCAUGGACCAAAUGAUCAAUAUAAUAAUCAAGAACGAGUAAAACAGUCGAAUGAAGAAGAGCUGUUACGAUUAAAAGCAGAGAAAUUAGCAGAAGAGUUGAGAAAAGAAAAAGAACGGAAACAUAGUUUUAUCCCAUCAUCUGCGCCAUCUCUUCAAAAUAAUAUGGAUCGUCUGAAUAGUCUUCUCUAUGAUUUUUCCAGUGAUAUUCAAGAACCGGCACAUAGAGAUUAUACCCCGCAGCCAGUUAUGACAGCAACAGCAGUUUAUAAAUUUGAGCCAAGGAGUGCGAGAGAACUUCCACUUAACCGUGGUGAUAUUAUUCGAAUAAUUCGUGAAGUUGAUGGUUAUUGGAUGGAGGGAGAGAGAAAUGGAAGAAGUGGAAUAUUUCCAACGUCUUAUGUUCAAAUUAAUACUGGAAAUCAAGGGGAUAGUCAAAAGAUGAGAGCAAUUUAUCCAUUCACUGCUAGAAGUGACACUGAAUUGAGUUUGAAGAGGGGAGAAAUAAUCACACGCCGCCGUCAAAUUGACUCGAAUUGGCUGGAAGGAAGUAAUCAAAUUGGAAUUGUUGGAAUAUUCCCAGCUUCUUAUGUGGAACCAAUUGAACAAGUGGAGCAACACAUCCCAACAAUAGUCCCGAAUCGGCCAAAAACUCCGAAAAUUGAGGAUCAAGUGUAUAAUCAAGUGUAUAAGCCAAAUGAAACAGUGAUAAUGCAAAGUAAUCAGGGAUAUUAUGAUAAAGCAGCGGUAGUGCCUAAUAAUAAAGUCCGGUUCGAUUUACCCAGUGGAUCGGAUUCUAAUUUGCAAAUUUCCAGGUCCCUAAACCCACAUCAAAAUCAAUUCCCUCCUACACAUACUCAAACCAGCACACAACAGCCAUCAAACUAUGGAAUGAAGAAAAUUGAAUACGAACGCGAAAAAGUUGUUGAAGAAGUGCCACCGAUGCAUAUGGAUCAGUACAGAAAACUGAAUGACGAGCCGAAAAAUCCGAAAAAGGAUACGAAUAUUCUCAUGAAUGCCGCUUCGCUUAUUCCGAAAGGAUCCGAGAUGUACCGAGCCGUAUAUCCAUAUCAACCGCAAAAAGAAGACGAACUCCAAUUGUACACGAACGAUAUCAUUUUUGUAGUGGAAAAGUGUGAUGAUGGAUGGUUUAUUGGUACAUCUUUACGAACCGGAGACUUUGGAAUUUUCCCUGGAAAUUAUGUUAAACGUCAUUGAACUUUUGGAAUUUAUUGAUUGAUUUUAUGAAAUCCCUUUUACGUAUCACUUUGUUAUAUGAUUUUUCAAUUUUCUUUUUUGAAUUCUUACUAUUUGCAUUAAUUGUGAGAUUUGUUUAUUUUUUCAAUAAAAUAAUUACCGAAUAA